AUGGUCUCUCCAAACAAGAGCUUCCCACCGGUCAACAGAACCAGCAAAGCACGUGGUCGAGCAACUACGGCCGAAGCCUCCAGUACCGAAGCCACCAUGAAUGGCAAGCUGCCCGCGGAGCUGCCCAAGAGCCAGCAGAAAGCUGGCGGCAGGAAGAAGCUUUCCGGCCCCAAUGCCAGGGAUGAGUUGAUGCUAGUCACUGCAGAGCCAGUUGCGGGACCCAGCGGAACCAGGGGCUCGUCUGCCACUGCACAGCCCGCUGCUACAUCGGCAGCCUCCGCGGCGUCCAGCACAACGGUUGCGAACAAACGCAGGAAGGAUAAGGCCCCAGAGCGCGUAUACACCCACAUUCCCCCCACCGAGGAGGAGAAAUCGCGCAACGGCCGCCAGGAGGGCAGGAGCCUGAUCUCCUGGAAGCAACCGAGGAUCUAUGAGAUGCUCAUACUCGACAUUGUAUACGAGACCUUCCGCCAUGGCAUCGAUCUUCCCUGGGGCCAGAUCGCCCACCGCCUGCACCCGGGCUCGACCCCAGGCGCCAUCCACCAGGCUCUCGGGCGCCUCCGAAACCAGCUCAUCGUCGAGGGGCACCUGGUGCCGCCUCAGAUCCCCAAGCCCGGCCAGCAGUUGGGCCACAACCCCGAGGUCCGCGGCCAGAUCCGGGCGAACGAGCACGGCGACCCGUUCAAGGUCCGGAACGUUCUCUACACCGAGAACAUCCCCCAUCGCAAAUUCAACCUCCCGGACGCGGUUGACUUUGUCAACAGUAAUCGGAUUAACGCCCCCAGGAUUACGACCGUGGACUGGGACUACGCCACCGGCGCCCCACUCGCCACCGGCACCGAGGGCCCCAGCAAGAAGCGCCGUGCCGCCGCCGCCGUCGCCGGCCCUCCCGCCCCGCCCAAGCGCGUCAAGACCGAGAAGCAGGCCUCGGCCGACCCUUGCGACCUGAGCGGCGACGAGGACUACCGCCCCGGCGCCCGCAAGGCCACCACCCCGCGCCGCGCCGCCUCGAAGAAGGCCACCGAGGUCAUCUCCCAGACCAUGGAGGACUCGGACGGAGAGGCCGACGACCAGGAUGCCGAGGGUGAGUCCGUCGACCUGAGCGAGGAUGAUUAUGCGGCGUACCAGGGCCAGGGCCAACAAGUCGACGAGCAGGACAACGAGCGUGAUGAUGAGCAGGAUGACGAGGAUGAUGCUACGUCGGAGGAGACCGACACUGAGGACGAGCAUUACGAUGAGGAGCUCCUGCAGGAGGAGUACGACCAGCAGCUCCGGGACUACGAGGAAAGCGACGAGAACGAUGACCAGAGCAUCAACCAGUUCGACCCCGUGUUCUCGACCCCAUUCGGUAAUGGUCUGUCCCAGGGCGACCAGUACUAA